UCUGUCCAAACCAAAGGAUUGUUUUCAUGUCUUACCUGAAGGGAAAUGACGUGCUGUUUUGUUCCCCAACUGGGAGUGGUAAAUCUUUGACAUUUGAAAUUGCACCUUUUGUAUACAAACAACUUCACAACACCAACAAAGCAACAGUAAUUGUUGUGUCUCCACUCGUAGCCCUCGUGAAGAACCAAAAUAAAAAGGCACAGAGUCUCGGAAUGAAAUCUGUUUACCUUCGUGAUGUGAUGGAGGCAUGCAAGGUGAAACCUAGCGAGGAUAAUCUGGUAUCUAGUGUUGAACCUAUGAACAUCCAGGAGCUCCAAGAUGGAGAAGCAAAUCUGAUCUUUACAAGCCCAGAAUCAGUUCUGGGAAAAUACCGUGAUUUGGUGACAGAGUUGGACAGGAUGGAACUGCCUUUGAGGGAAAGGAUGCAUUUAGACCAUCUUAGGGAUGUCUUGGGACUUUGCAUGGCUAACGGAACAGAUACACCCAGGAUGAUUAUUUUCUUCAGACAGACGUCUCAAAUCAGCAGACUCUACGCCCACCUUGCAUACAAUCUUAAGGACAAAGCGUAUGUGGACUUCAACCCAAAUGGAAGAAACGAUGAUCGAAACAGAAUGUUUGAUAUGUUUCACAAGUCAACUGAUGACUCGGUUAAGGAGAGUAUUUGUGAGGCUUAUAUUGACCCACACAGUUUCAAACGUGUACUUGUAGUAUCUACCUCAUUCAGCAUGGGACUAGAUGUACAAGGGGUUCGUCACAUAAUCCAUUAUGGACCUGCUAACAAUGUGGAAGAGUACAUGCAGGAGACCGGGAGAGCUGGCUGA